CGACCUUGGAUGGUUUAGGAUGGCAGGGAAGGCGUGGAGGUCAGCGAUUCUUAAUCUACUGAGAAAGUGGGGUUUAUCGCUCAGUGGCAAGGAUAAAAACAAGGCACAGCAAGUGUCAUGGGUAGUUGGAGCUUUGAAGAAAGAGACUCCACAUCCCAGGACAUUCACCCGUGGGAUUCAUACAGUAACUUUAAUCCCUGGGGAUGGAAUUGGUCCGGAGAUCUCCAGUGCUGUUAUGAAGAUAUUUGAAGCAGCUAAAGCACCAAUUCAGUGGGAAGAGAGAAAUGUUACAGCAAUCCAAGGACCUGGGGGCAAGUGGAUGAUCCCUCCUGAUGCCAAAGAAUCCAUGGACAGGAACAAAAUUGGCCUAAAAGGCCCACUGAAGACACCAAUAGCUGCUGGCCAUCCCUCUAUGAACCUGCUGCUGAGGAAAACCUUUGACCUCUAUGCUAAUGUGCGCCCCUGUGUGUCCAUUGAGGGCUACAAGACCCCCUACACCGAUGUGAACCUGGUCACCAUCAGGGAGAACACUGAGGGAGAAUACAGUGGCAUUGAACACGUGAUUGUUGAUGGAGUUGUACAGAGCAUCAAGCUCAUUACAGAGGAAGCCAGCCAACGCAUCGCAGAGUAUGCCUUUGAAUAUGCCAGAAAUAAUCAGAGGUCUAGUGUUACUGCUGUUCAUAAGGCCAAUAUAAUGCGCAUGUCAGAUGGACUUUUCCUACGAAAAUGCAGAGAGGCUGCUGAGAAGCACAAAGACAUAAAAUUCACUGAGAUGUACUUGGAUACUGUGUGCCUUAAUAUGGUUCAGGAUCCCACACAGUUUGAUGUAUUAGUGAUGCCCAAUUUGUAUGGAGACAUUUUGAGUGAUCUUUGUGCUGGACUAAUUGGGGGUCUUGGAGUGACUCCUAGUGGAAACAUUGGCGCCAAUGGUGUUGCCAUAUUUGAGUCGGUUCAUGGAACUGCGCCAGAUAUAGCAGGAAAAGACAUGGCCAACCCGACUGCCUUGUUGCUCAGCGCGGUCAUGAUGCUGCGACACAUGGGCCUGCAUGGCCACGCCAAGAAGAUUGAAGCUGCCUGCUUUGACACCAUUCGAGACAAACAGGUUCUAACAAAAGACCUGGGAGGAAACUCAAAGUGCUCAGAAUUCACUGAAGCAAUAUGUCAGAGAGUGCGGGAUAUGAAUUAAAGGAUGCUUAUGGGGCCAUGAAUUAAUUAUUAUGGCAUGGCUAUCUUUAUUCCAUCAUGUCAUGUUGUAUCUGCACAUUUUAAACCAAAAUAUGUAUUUAAAAAAAGAUUUGGGAGUUUGAGAUCCUGAAAAUUUUAUUUUUCCUGCAUACUCCAAAGCACUGUCUUAAAAGACUCGACCAACGCUUAGUGUAUAUGUGAUAAUGCAUUUUACUCUUGAAUUGUUGAAUCUGUGGCAGAUAUUGUCUACCAGUAUAUAUGGGCUGAAUAUGGCCUCUUGUCUAACGUAUUAUGUUGACAUUAAAGACACAGUCUGUAUCCAUCAGUUCAACCUCUUCAGUUACCAUGUUUGUGGAUGUGUUUUAGAUUUGUGCAGUAAAGAAAUACAGAUUGGGGCUUUAAUGACUUCAAUAUACCAGGCUUCUUUAACAUGAAUUUUUUUUAACAUGAAAGUCUUUUUUCAUGUCUGUUUUUCUUGCUGCAAAUAUCCAAAAUGUAUAAAGAGAAAUGAAUAAUACACUGACAUCAGAAAUGCCAGACUUUUUAUUCAGUGUUAUGUAGGUGCCAUAAGCCCUAUCAUCUGCUAUUCUUAUGAUGUGGUUUGAGUUAUGAGUUUUUAUCCAAGUUUGUAUAAACCAUAUACUGAAUAACACCAAUUAUUUGUACAAAUUA